AUGAGCUCGAAAUUUGCCAAUCGGAGAAAGCCGAGGAAGAUCGGCGGGGAUGAUGAGGAUGAAGAUGGAGGGGCUGCGCCAGAGCCGGUUGUCAAACGUCCGACAAACUUUAAGCCGAAGCAGAAAUCGAAAUUGCAGCUAUCAUUCGGUGCUGAGACUUCAAUGAACGAUGGGGACCAAGAAGGCGAAGUUAUCAAACCGAAACCGCGCAAACCAUUGGGGAGAAGCGCCAUUCACCAUCCUGCAUUGGCACCUGAGAAGUUAUCCGCUCGCUUUGGUCAGGAUCAAGACCGGCCUAGCUACAAUGAUGACUACUUGAAGGAGCUUCGCAAUUCGACACCUUCAACGCCGAAGACACUCACCGAUGAUGAGACUACGAAAGCUGUGGAUGUUGCCGCCAAGUUCGGGGAGGUCAUGACUGUUUCGGGACAGGCGCACAUUCCCAGCGAAGCCGAGAUUCGAGAGAAGAAAGCCCGACGCGCACGCCUGGCCCUAGAACAUAGCGCGCAGGAUGACGACUUCAUUGCAUUGGACGAUCACGAUGGAGCUACUGACUGGGAUGCUGCGGCUCGAGGCGAGAAAGAAAAAGAUACGAGACUGGUCCGGGACGAUGAGGACUUUGCAGAAGGAUUUGAGGAGUUUACGGAAGACGGGAAGAUUGCUCUGGGACGCAAAGCUGAGCGUGAAAAGAAGCGCAAGGACCGCGAGGCUAUGCGUGAACUUAUUGAUGAUGCCGUGGGUGUUUCCGACGAAGAGGACUCUGACUUCGAGGAGAAGGCGGCCUACGAAGCUGCUCAAAUCAAGGCGGCCAUGUAUGGCAAGUCAGAUGCAAUUGAUCGUCCGAAGACCCCGCCGAAGAUGACUUCUCUUCCGAAAUUAGCUAGCAGUUUUGAGAGGCUGCGCAUGUCUCUGGCGUCUAUGGAGGGCUUGAAGACUCAGAUGAUCAGCCGUUUGGAGGAAAUGAGGAAGGAGAAGGCGGACAUUGCGAUCCGAGAGGUGGAGAUCCAGGCUAUGAUAAAAGAGGCUGGUGAAAAUUAUGAGAGGCUCAAGAAGGAAGCCGGGGUUGCUCCGACCGCUGAAUUGAAUGCCUCCAAUGGAGCUUUGGAAAAGUCCAGAGGAUUGGAGAGCAUCGGUGCUCCCGUGCCAAUGAGGAACUCUUCGAUCUCAGAUUCCUCGGAUUCCAGCUUCGAAGAUUCUUCCUAA